UUCGUCAUAUCUUCACCAUAUGAUAUGAUGGCCGGACGCAAUGUUGACUCUACGUUUGUUUCGCACAUCUAGAAGGCUCCGUCUCAAUUUUCGGUUGAUGCAGAUACUCUAAUGCACGGUGACGUUAUGAAGAAAUCGUUAUCUUUCUCUCCUACAGAAAAUUAGAAAAAAACAGACAAACACCUGUAGAAUUUUAAAGGAAAACCCCUUGUAUCACUUUUUGAUGUUCUUUCAAUGUUUUUUUUUGACUUUCCUCAAUUACCAUGUCGCUGUUGCCACAAAACUCUGUAAACAGCUCUCCGUUCUUUCUCAUUUAGUCCGAGAGCAUGACGUCCCUUGACGAGCUCGUCAAGACUCGUCGUGCACAACAGGAUCUUGAUACCACCCGGAUGGGAUCUUAUCCAAGAUAGCAUUCAAUUGGCUGUAAAUGUUUUUUUGUGUCUUGCAUUGCGGCAGCAUAUGCGCGUAAUAUUAGAUUUCUCUAAGAUUUCGAAACUGUGCUCUGAAUCUGGCCACAAUUAUUCUCUCAUUAAUUGAUUUCAACUUCAUAAGCGUUGCGUGGGCAUGAGCGCUGAAAACAACUCCACGGUAAUGAGGAGCGAUUCGCACAAGUAUUCGUCUCGUAUGCCAGAGUAUAGCCAAAUUUGACUUGAUGCCAAUCUAUGUUUUCCCAAGUUCGGCUGACGUUCUUCGCUCAGCUUGAGUGAACUUGAUAUAUACAACCGCUUGAUGUCAGAACAGGCGCUGGUUGAACGACAUCUUCUUGGAGAACGGAUGCUCGAAUCGUACAUCCUCAAUUUAGCAGAAAUCAGAAGGAAGGAACAGUGCCCGGGCUGGACUACCGCAGCUAAGCACAUAACUCUUGCAACAGGCGGUCCUUGUCAUGACCCGUGGAAGCAUGAUGUAGGAGCUUGUAUUGCCAAUUCUAUGUUGAAGGCUCCUUCCAGGUUAUGGACUAUUUUUGCAAUCAUACUUGAAACAUUUUAACAGAAAAACUCAGGUAUCAAAAAAAGCGCAGUUUUGAAAACGUAUUCAAAUUAAUGACCCCAUGAACAAAUCAUUUAGAACGCUUAACACCAUCGUGCAUCAUACGGGCAUCUAACGUGAAUCAUGAAGAAAUAAUUAAUGUGCGAGAACAGUCAUGCAUGUGAUGGAGGCGCGAGAUGGGUAAACCUAAACAAUCGACGAUAAAUGGAGAAAUCUUGGCAAACAUAUGGGUAAAUAGUGUAUACUCAGACAGAAAUUCAUUCACUAUGCAGUAGCGCUUGGUAGGCAAUUUUCUCCACCCUAGACUCGAUCUUGCAGUCAGUCAAUGGAAACUAUCCAGCUUUGGUUUGUGAGCUGGGGUUGGAAAACGAGUUUCGUUCAGUAGUACCGUAUCGUCGGAGCCUAUUUAUCACAACCAACACUGAUUGUGGUGAAUGAAAAGAAAAGUGACAGUUUUUUUUUUUGUAAUCCAAUGUGAUAGGUUGGACUUUCAAAAUAGUAAUAAUAAGCCGAAUUAGAAUUGUUGGAAAUAUUGAAAUAAAAAUGCGUACAAUUUCAAAGAAAUUUAGCGUAAACUUCUUAGACAACAUCACAGCUCCUAGAUAUGAAACUCAGUAUAUGCAAGCCACAUCAUUCUAUAAGUCUGUCAAUUUUUUAACAAUUGACUUAAUAUUUUGUACACAGUGUGGCUUAUAGUGGAACCGUAUUUAUUUUAAGCACAAUGCUGCGAAGUAUUCAAAUGGAUAAAUUUAGCACUAUUUAUCCUUAUUUUUGUAUUGAGAGAGCACGCGUAAAAUCGUGUCUUUUAUACAGGUUGAAUGUGGGUGGAAGCGUAUGCUUUGGAAGGGUUCCCGUUCCUUGUAUAUGCUGUACAAUAUAUAAAUAUUAGAGUCAGCCUCCAGUUAGCCUAGUGGUUAAGGAUAUGGAUUGCCAAACCGGAGACGGCCGGUUCGAUUCUCGUUCCAGUCGGGAAAAUUUUCUCGACACCCUGGGCAUAGUGUAUUAUUGUACUUCUCUCACAAUAUACAAAUUCAUGCAAUGGCAGGCAAAGGAAGCCCUUCAAUUAAUAACUGUGGAAGUGCUCAACGAACAUUAAGUUGAAGCGAGGCAGGCCAAGUCCCAGUGGGGACGUAGAGCCAUAAAGAACAAGAAGAACAAUUGCGAUCAAUUUACCAUAUGAUAUAUAUCAUACUUUGGCUCCGUUCUUCUACCUGAACAAAUCAUUCUCCGUACCGUUGAACGUUGUUAGCAUGUGUGUAUGAAUGGGGAAUGAGUUUGCACUUAAUAUGUAUGAAAUAAUCUGCACUUCCAAAUUCCGGCCACUAGGAAACGAACCGCUUCACUUCAGAUGGAGGAAAUAAUUGAAUUAUUAAGUGUUGGCGUAUUCACUGAUGAAGCUCGAUGACCGCCGCCGAACAGUGGCUGUAUCAAUUGUCGCUUGUGCGAAGGUCUCAUCAACGAAAAUAGGAACGGGUAGUUCAAGCUUGCGAUAAUUUUCGGACAGCAAUUGUUUUGGCUUAAGUGUACUACAAUUACCGCAUGCGUUGUCAUUGUCAGCACUAUUUUAUUUUGCUUCUGGCAAUUGGGUUUUUAAAUUUUGAAAAAUGUAUUGAGUUUUUGAUUUUAUACGAAAGAGCACCUUUUUCUGAGUCACUAUGAUUUUUUUCAGAUUUUUAGAACUUUGUUUUGAUACCUAAAAUCAAUUUCAAAGAGAUUUUUUGAAAUCACCUUUUGACAGGUGAGCAACUGUUUGACAGCUCCGCCCAGUACAAACGGCGACGAGGGGUGAUUCGACAAAUCGCUCCCAUAUAAACUUCAAAUUGAUUUUUAAAUAGGUUCCCGGGCUCCAAAAUUCAUGAAAAUUUGGAUUUCGGCUAAGUUUGACAUGCAGAUUCAGAAUAUCGAAUUAUCUCAACACCGUUAAAGAAGCCAAUUGAUUCUAAUUUCGGAUUCAAAAUAUUAUAACAAGCUUCCAGUGUUGUUGAUGAAUGAAUUUUGCAAAUGUUGAAUUGAUUUCUCUGCAUUGUGCGCCCCAUAAAUAUAGAAAUUUAAAAAGACUGGUAAAUAGGGUUUGUGCGCCAUCAGUAAUUUCACGCUCCCAGUUUCAUCUUAUUUGAAAACAAGUGAUUACGGCACCAAUUGAUUCCGUUCUUUUUGUUUUCAUACGUGCUCAAUUCUAACAAAAAAAUACAAAAAUAAAAACAAAACAAACAAUGCUUAAAUCCUUUGUUUUUCGUAGGAUGAAAAUGGGAGCUUUUUUUUUUUAUAUCUGUAUUAACGAGAUUUUUAGCCCUUGGCUAGUUCAUCUCGGGAAAAUGGGAGCCACAUGCUUAAUAAGGGAAACAAAAACCCUACUUUACCAUAGCUAGUAUUAAUUAAAAUUAAUUAGAAGUCGUCGUCCUCUACCUGGCUCACUGCUGGAUAUUAUUUUCGCUAUUCUUUCUCUGAUAUUCGCACUACGUGUCCAGCCCACUGAAGUCUGCCGUAUUUUAUACGUUUCAUACACGUUUCAUAUUCGCAUCUUUGUACACUUGGUACAACUCAUGAUUAAUGCGUCUGCGCCACACUCCAUUUUCUUGUUUCCAAUUGAGAAUUGUCUGCAGCACUUUGCGCUUAAAAAAUAUUACCAUGCUUUAAAUAGAAGGAUUCAUGCUUUAAAUAGAAGGAUUCAAUAGUGAUUCAAGUACAGCCAUUUCUAUGUGUUUGUGAAGAUGGGACUUCAUUUCUCUUUGUUAUACUUAAAAGCUUUUAAGGUAACGUCCACAUUGAAAUAAAGCACUUUAAUUUAGCAUUAAGGCGAGUCGCACAAAUUCGUAGGUGGUACAGUCCUAGACCGCUGCUAUGAGGGUUGCCUCCUUCCCAUCCGAACCAAAGCACAAAGAUUUGGGACUAAUCUCUGACUCUUAGACUCAGAUUCAAAAGAAUACGUUUGGUGAAAGUUCAGGCGUACAAAAUAUUAUUUGGUUGUGUUGAGACAGCUGCCUGCAUAAUUUAUCUGGUUUUCUUUUUCCAUAUUGACCGCUGCAGAACUGACUGGCCGAAAAUCUGGAAUGGAAAACUGUAUUAACAUAUUUCAUUGAAAUAGUCAGGGUUGGCAACAAUCGUUGCGUCACCGACCAACGAAGAAAAAUUAAAAAAGUUCGUCAGCAAAUAAAACUCCGUCACUUGCAUCAUCAUCAGCGACCGACAAAGAAACCACGACGACGAUGAACCGAAAAUAAAACAGGGAGCUAUAGUUUUCGUCAUUCUCUUUUGUUUCCUCUCCUUCAACGACGAAAAACGAACAUGUUUUCGUCGCAUGGCACCCGAACGCAGACAAAAGGCAAACCAUUUAUUGACGAUUUAGCCUUUCAGAGCUGUCACAUUAGCUCUGAUGGUAUGCUUGUUGUGCUGCCAAUUUAAAGGUUUUUGGUUCCAUUCCGAAUGAAGGCGUGUUUCAUUUUUGUAUCUUUUUCUGAUCAGCCAUUCCCGUGAGGCUGAUUAUUCGUUCGCCUACCCUGUUCGGUGCAAGACUUUUUCGUCGCAACCAGCAAACUGACUGACGGUGUUUGAAGAAAAAUAUUCAAGAGCUGCUGACUCAGUGACCCAAACUUUUUAUUACCCGUUGUCGUCAAUGAUUAUGCUUCAGUUCCGAUGACUAUUGACAACCCUGGAAAAAGCUAUUCGUGAUACGCUUGCAACGGUUAUACACUUUCCUGCAUCAUAUGAUAAACCUAGCUGAAUCCUCCCGAAACAAUAUGUUCAUUAUCAGCAAACACUAAACACAACAACAGACACACCGAAAAAAAAACUACAUCAAAUCUUGAUCCUGGAAUGUUCCUACAGUAGCCAUUUGUUAGAAAAAUAGCAUGAUCAAAAUUUAAUGUGGUAGAUCUUACGCCGUAACGCACCAUUCCAAGCACAGUUCCAAGGACUACGUGCAGCACUGUCAGUUAGUCAGAAAAUAGAAGUAGAUAGUAAGUUUUCAUGUAACGUACUUCAUGAAUGUUGCAGAAUGCACCACAAUCCUUUCUAUAUAUUCACACAUUUACAAUAACAAUACAAAUGCAAGCUGGAAUGAACUCUCAAAAAAAUAUGGUGAAGAUACGGAUAAAUCCCAUAUAAAAGUAGCAUAGAUGGUUGAAAGUUUCUGUACAAAAACCAUCUUACAGUCUCUUACAGUUUGAUGGUUUUGGCUUUCUAAGAGAGGCAAUUACUUGUAUAUUUACAUGCGUAAAAGGAAAUUUGCAUAUAAUUGCCUAUAGUUAGUUUAUAUAUGCUUGAAAUAUGCCCCAAAAAACUACAAAAACCGUAAUAACUAUUUUAUUUUUGAAAUUAGCAGGAUGUCGUGUUCGGCAAAGUUAUGUGUUUUACCAUUAUCUAUAACUUUGUAGAACAUCAGAAAAAUGUAGGAUCAAUCCUUCGAAAGUUAUUGCGCAAAAACUCUUUUCAAGGGGCUGAUGAUAAAAAACGUAACGUAUCUUGAAAAGUAACGGAGUUACAAACUUGGCGUCUUUGACAAAGUUGCUCCAAAUAACAUUAUCUACAACUUUUGUGAAGACACCAACCUUGUAUCUUGAAAAAUGCAAAAAAUAACUUUUCUAUCUCACUUUUAGGGGGAUUGAUCAUUUCUUACAAUAGUUCAAAAGAAGCUCCUUAUUAUAGCGAAAAACUUUCUCGAAGACACCAUGACGCUAAACGUCAUAGUUUAAAAGUUAUUAAUUAAGCGCGCUAAAAUGACGAAAUCAGCCACUGUGCAAUGGAAGGAUACAUUCCUGAGUUCGUUUUAUGUUGUUGUUAUAUUAUGAAAACUUAUUAUUUUUUAUAGUGGCCAUGGAAAAUAAAAAAAAAACUAUUACGUGUUUCAACAACUAUUUUAUGUACUUAUGAAAUAGUCAUUGUGACGAACCAGUCACUUCGAGUGUCGACGUGAAGUUCUGAGUUUCAGCAAAACCAGCAUAUCCUUUGUUAGAUUUUGUGUUGAUAAAGAAUUCUUGAAUGUAUCCAGACCAAAGGUGUCGACAUGCUACAAUUAUAUAAUAAUCCAUUCGCAUAACUUAAUCAUACUGAAUUCCAUACCAUUUCCGUACCAAAAUCCCAUCUCCUUUCUAUUUCCGAUGGCGUUGGCGAGUCGCUGGCAUCUCGAUAAAUCGAUAUUAUCCCUUUCCAUUUACAUAACCAUAACGUAUUUGUUAUCAAGAGCGAUCAAUAGAGUACUUCAUAGCGACAAUCUAUCUCUUUCGCUCAUUAAGAAAAAUAGAAAACCACAGAACCAGAACCUGUCAAAAUUGACAGAUGUUGAUCCUGUUGUUUUCUAAUUUUCUUAAAGAGUGAAAGCGAUAGAUUUCUUCGUGACGUCACCGUGCAUUGCAGUAUAGCGCUUACGCCUUGGUUUGUUAGCCAGAGCACAGUGUAAAUGCCUGUGCCCCUCUCUGAAGCAAAAAGGCUUAUGGAGUGACAACACAUCUUAAGUACGUCACUCCCAACGUUGUUAUUUAAGUAUACUAAAACAUUUACACUCGCACCAAGGCAUUUAAAUUAUAUCAUCAAAUGCACUUACACGAUUUGCAUUUUGCCGUACCAGUCGCUUAUAGUGAAUUCCAAAUCAACACAGAAAAAAACAUGUAAUUAAAAUUCAGCGAGAAAUCAUGCACAUAAAGGGAAUGGUAGAGUUAGUGCACUUUUACAUGAGAUUUAAUGUAAAAUUACAUUACCAUCGUGUAAAUUACCGCUAACCAUCGCGUAAAGCAUCACGGACUCCAACCGGUUACGCGACUAUUAGCGGAAAUUUACAGAAACGUAACGUAAGUUUACAUGAUAACUGUUGGAGCAGUACAAGCAAGCCAUGAUUUUUAGCCUUAAGUUGACACAUGCAAAUAAACUCUAUUCUAAUUUGAACCACCAAACUAUCAAGUUGAGUUUUACUCCCACAGAAGAAUCGAGGUUUUAGGAAUCAGUCAGCGAAGGCUCAAGGAAUCUAUUCCGUCAAUCAGGUGAGUGUUACUGCCAACCGGAAGUUCACCACAGUCGAACUCAAUGGACACGCCGUCAGAAUGCAGCUGGAUAGCGCAGCGGACAUCAGUGUCAUUUCACAAGAAGUCUACAAGCAAAUGGGAUGUCCAGCCGGAAAACAACCAUCAAUCAACGUUGUGAAUGCUUCUGGCGAUGACAUGGGUCUCACUCUGGAAUUGUCGUGCUCAAUCACCUUGAAUGAAGUGUCCAAGCAAGGAAGAUGUUUCGUGUCCAAGGCAGAUGACCUCAAUUUGUUCGGAGCUGAAUGGAUUGAAUUGUUCGGACUUUGGGAUGUACCUUUCAACGCAGUGUGCAACCAAGUAUCGAUGAAGCAUCAUCGGGAAGCUGAGGGCCUGGUCGAUCGUUUGAAAGUCAAGUACAGCAACGUUUUCGAUGAGAACCUGGGACUUUGUACGAAGAAGCAAGUAUCGCUAACUGUCAAGCCAGGAUCGAAGCCAGUUUUCCGUCAGAAGCGUCCAGUUCCAUAUGCAUCUGUCCAGAAAAUUGAAGAUGAACUAAACCGGCUUCAAGCUUUGGACAUCAUUUCACCAGUGACAUACUCUGAGUGGGCCGCUCCAAUUGUAGCAGUUCGGAAACCGAAUGGCAAGGUCAGAAUCUGUGCAGAUUAUUCCACCGGGUUGAACGAAGCUUUAGAAGCAAAUCAUCAUCCGUUGCCGCUUCCUCAAGACAUAUUUGCAAAAUUGGCUGGGAAGAAAAUAUUUUCGCAAAUAGAUCUUUCGGACGCCUACUUGCAAGUCGAAGUUUCGGAAUCCUCAAGAAAAUUGCUGACCAUCAACACCCACAAAGGUCUGUACCAAUUCAAUCGACUUUCUCCGGGAGUCAAAACCGCGCCAGGUGAAUUCCAGCAGAUUGUGGACAGCAUGGUAGCAGAUUUGGAGGACGUAAGCGUUUAUCUUGACGACAUCAUUUUGGCAAGCAAUUCUCUGGAAGAACAUCUUCAGCAGCUGGAACGGUUACUGGCUCGCAUCGAAGAAUACGGAUUUCACCUCAAAAUCGGAAAAAGCAACUUCUUCAUGCAGCAGAUUCAGUACCUCGGAUUGAUUGUAGAUGACCAAGGAAUUCGUCCGGAUCCAGAAAAGAUCAAGGCCAUCGUCAAUAUGCCAGCCCCGCACGAUGUACCAAGUCUACGUUCGUUUCUGGGAGCAGUAAAUUAUUACGGCAAGUUUGUACGAGCAAUACACGAUCUUCGUCAACCAAUGGAUGCUUUGUUGAAAAAGGACGUCAAAUGGAACUGGAGCCCAGCUUGUCAGAACGCUUUUGAAGAGUUCAAGAGGAUUCUACAAUCAGACCUUCUACUGACGCAUUACAACCCAAACUUGGAGAUGAUAGUAGCAGCCGACGCAUCGCAACAUGGUAUAGGAGCAGUCCUGCUUCACCGAUUUCAUGAUGGGUCUAUCAAGGCUGUAUGUCACGCUUCCCGUACAUUGACUGACGCUGAAAGGAAUUACGCUCAAGGAGAAAAGGAAGGAUUAGCACUGAUAUUUGCCUGCACCAAGUUUCAUCGAAUGAUUUUUGGAAGACAUUUCAUUCUGCAAACGGACCACGAACCACUUCUUGGGAUAUUCGGAUCGAAGAAAGGCAUACCAGUGCAUACUGCUAACAGACUACAGCGUUGGGCACUGACACUGCUGCAGUACGAUUUCAAGAUCGAAUUCCAGAAGACUGAAAGUUUUGGAUACGCUGAUUUACUCUCUCGCUUGAUUGGACAACAUUCCAAGCCCGAUGAAGAUUAUGUGAUUGCCAGUUUGCAAAUGGAAGCAGAUAUUCGCAGUAUUCAAACCGAAGCCGUAUUAGUUCUACCAAUCACCAGUCAAUUGAUUUUGCAAGAAUCAAAAAAGGAUGCCACGUUUCAAGCAGUCCUCAAGCAAGUUCGAGAUAACUGGCCUUCCACGAGACAUUCCAAUGAAGUCGGAUCAUUCUACAAGAGACGUGAAGCGCUGUGUGAAGCGAAUGGAUACCUGAUGUUCAUGGAUCGAAUCGUCAUUCCGAAGUCAUUGCAAUCAUCUGUUCUCAAGCAGUUACAUGUUGGUCAUCCUGGAAUGCAAAGAAUGAAAUCUCUGGCAAGAAGUUUUGUGUUUUGGCCAAAUAUGGAUGCAGAUAUUGAAGACUAUGUCCGGAGAUGUUCAAACUGUGCAGCAGCAUCAAAAGCUCCCGUGAAAACAACUCUUUCAUCGUGGCCAAUUCCGUCCAUGCCCUGGUCUCGUCUUCAUGUGGAUUAUGCUGGACCAAUCAAAGGAAAAAUGUUCCUCGUCAUCGUGGACGCGUAUUCAAAAUGGCCAGAAAUUUAUGCAACCAGUAACUCGACCGCAACAAUGACGAUUAAGAAGCUGAAGGAAUGUGUCUCCCGAUUUGGAUGUCCAUUGACCAUUGUAACGGAUAACGGUACCCAGUUUUGCUCUGAAGCAUUCAGCAAGUUUUGCCAGCAGCACGGAAUCGAUCACGUGAAAACUCCACCCUUCCACCCACAAUCUAAUGGUCAAGCCGAGCGAUUUGUGGAUACACUAAAGAGAGCGCUUUUGAAGAUAGGCGGAGAAGACGUUGAAGAUGCACUGCAGAUUUUCUUUCAGACCUAUCGCUGUACCCCUAAUCCAUCCUUAUCGGAUAACCGAUCACCAGCUGAGGUCCUGUUGGGCAGAAAAACCCGAACUGUUUUUGACCUGAUGAAGCCGCCGAUUUCACAACCAACGCAAAUUAAUGAAAGGCAGAAUGAUCAGUUCAACAAACAGUAUGGAGCGAAACAUCGAUCGUUUGAAGCUGGGGAUACAGUUUAUGCUGAAAUUCAUAUUCGGAACGAGCGCUAUUGGGCCAAAGGUAUCGUUAUUGAGCAGAAAGGAAGUGUGGUCUACAAUGUUCUUCUACAAGACGAAAAACGACAAGGUUUGAUAAGAUCACACACUAACCAACUACGGAAACGCAAACCGGACGAAAAAUGUGAAGCUUCAGCUGAGCAGCCUCUACCGUUACAAGUUUUGUUGGAGGAAUUUAGCUGUCCGGAUCAUGUUCCAACUGAAGAUAUUGAAAAUCCUGGGAACUCUCAACUGGAUAUUCCCGUAACCGAGCCCGGAAGUUCAAGAGGUAAUACGUGUCCUGAACAGAUGAAAUCAAAUUCUAUCGACGGAUCAUCGGAGGUUUGUCGUAGUCAGGAUCGGGUUCAAUCAAGAAAACGAACUCUACCUUUUCGGGAACCUUCAGGCAGGAAGCGGAAACUUCCUUCACAUUUUGAGUACUACGAGAUUUUCUGAAGGAGGAGAUGUUGGAGCAGUACAAGCAAGCCAUGAUUUUUAGCCUUAAGUUGACACAUGCAAAUAAGCUCUAUUCUAAUUUGAACCACCAAACUAUCAAGUUGAGUUUUACUCCCACUACACAAUAAUAACUCAUGUAAAUAUGCACUAACUCUAGCAUUCCCUUUAUGUGCAAUAUUUUUCGCUGAAUUUUACAUGAAUAUUUUUUUUCUGUGAACUCAUUCAAAAUAUCCAACUCCUUGACAACUAUGGGGGCGUCGUAUCAUCACUAGGUGGCGUAUCAUCACUUUCGGUUCAUAUUUCACUUUCGCAAAAUUAUGCUAUUAUCACAUAAAACUUAUAAGUUAACAUAAAUUUUGACUCAAAGCUAUGUUCAAUAAGCCUACCAUGAAUGAAUAAAGGUGUUUUGUGAGUCGUCUGAUAUACAAGGCGUUGAUGGGAGGCGAUUUUUUGAAAGACAAUCUUUUUACCGAGUUUCAAUACACAUAAAAAAGGUCGAUAUUUUUAUGUAAAAUCUGACAAAAGGCAUGGCUUUCUUGUCAGCCUUCGAAAAUUCUUCAAAUAUAUUCACACAAUUGGUUUACAUCAAAAGUUUUUCCAUUGAAACAUAAUUGUAGCGCCCCAGCUGAUGAAAGACGUGGAUCUCAUAGUGGUUAACUUCCCCCCAGAUUACGGUACCAUGAGCGGAUAGAACAGGAGUACCGUGAUUUCGGGUGAAAUUGAUCAGUGGGGUGAAAUUGAUCGACGUAAGGACACUUUUUAUUUGUCAAAAAUAAAGCUUUGAACUUAAAAUAAUUUAUAGAAAAUGACCAUCAUCUGGUUCAUGGGUUAUUGAAUGAUGAGUUAACAUGUUUUACAAUUAAUUAAUCACAUAUUUCUGUAUUAAAUUUAAUAUUUUCCGAAACUGCGUGUUUGGCGAAUUUCAAGUACGCUUUCAAACUUUUGU